UUGUCGGUGUGUAACUUGACACCGCUGGUCCGCAGCUGCCGAGCAGAGACUGACGCAAAGCCGAGAGCGUCGCCAGAUUCCGGGCUUCAGGGCAGCCGGAGCCGCCUGGUACGGUCCCACACUGCUGCAUUGUUGAAGCGGUAAACAGAGGCGGACACUAACGGAGCCGGUGAUCCGGUCUAAUGCGGAGAAUCCCGGCCGCACCGGCGACUGGAGGCCGUUAACCUGCCCGGAGAUACCGACGAAGAACCGAGCGUUGAGGGAGACCGAUGUGAUUUUUGGACAGAAAAGUAAACCGCUUUAAAAUGGCAACCGCCGCCCGCUCCCGGAGCCCGUAGACCGAGACCCAGGGCUGCUGGUCAGACGGCGAGCGGGUCUCCGGGUCGCUGCUGUGUUUCUGUGGGACGUCCAGCAGCUGGACAAAAGCUGCUCCAUGUGUCCUCGCCGGUUCCUCUAGCAGCAGUUCAGCCGAGCGUCCUUGCGGCUCCCUCUCUGCUGUGGUGGCAUCAUGUCGGCGGCUCAGACUCAGAAGGAGACCCUGGAGGCCCUGGGUCUCAGUCAGAAGGAGCUGGUCCUGGCCGAGGCCCUGCAGAUGGAGUAUGAUGCACUCUCCAGACUCAAACAGGACAAGAGUGGGACAGAAACCAGCCAGACUGGCCCUAGAGCUCCCAGCCAAACCCGCUCCAAGAGCCACAACCCCUCCCUCCCUCCCCGACCCACCCCCAGCCAGACCAGUCCUGCCCUUACAGGAGGAAACCUGCUGAGGGGCCUUUCUGGGUCCGACUCCUCCCUGAACCAGCCUGGACGGUCACAGUCUCCGCCCUCCGUCCCAGCUAGGGCGCUCCCUCCUCAGGGAGGCUACAUCAAAGAAUCCCUGUACAUCCUGGACAGUCCGGAGGUCAGCAAGUUCAGGGACUGCUCCGGUUCCAGCCUCAGGGACUCAACUGCAUUCGGAUCAGGGUUUCUUCCCAAAGGCUUCCCCUCUUUUCCAGACGAUGUCCCCCCCGCCCUCCCACCAAGAAACCCCAUCCCCCCAUCAUUGGGGUCAGAGAACCCCUUCCUGCCCCCUCGAGGGUCCACCGUGCCCCGCGACGUGAACCUGUUUACGCCCGAUGUGGAUCAGCCCAAAGUGACCUCAGGAGAGCUGAACUACGACAACAUCAAUGACUCGCUAUCUCGACUCAACGAGGGCCGGCAGGGGCCUCGAGGCCGGAGGGCCAAUGGGGACCAAUCGGGGAAGCCUGUGGCUCGGAGUAAGACCCUGCCCCCUCAGGUCCCGCCCAGGACGUACGUACCUGUUCCCAAGAGCAACAAGAACCAGCGGCGGGUGUCUGCAGACCCGGUGUCUCUGGGCUCCAGGAUGAACGGGUUUGGAUACGAGUUGUUCCAGGUGUCCGAGGAGAGAGACGAGGAGGUGGCAGCUUUCUGUCACAUGCUGGACGUGUUGCGGUCGGCGUACCCGCACAGCGACCGCUCGACAAACUGCGGCUUCGUUUGGUCGCCGUCGGUGGGUCAGGAGGAGCUGCAUCAGGGUCUGGGGGUCAGCGUGAAGGUCACCAUCGUCAGCGAGCACUUCAGAGAGCCGCUCACCUUCACCUGUGACGGUUCGUCCACGGUGGACCUGCUGAUCUAUCAGACUCUGUGUUACGCUCAGGAUGAUCUGGAUCACACGGACGUGGACGACUACCUGCUGAAGGUCUGCGGGCACGACGAGUUCCUCAACAACUCCCAGACUCUGGCCGGCCUGGAGUUUGUUCAACAGUGUCUGAAGUUCGACUGGGACGUCCGACUGUUUCUAACCAAGAGAUCUGCCAUCAGCACGGAGCUGGCCCGCACGAAAGAAGACGACGAGACGUUGUCCACCAUGAACCACAGCAUCCUGCUGCAGGAGCGUCCAAUCAAACAGACCGUCACCAGGGAGGCUCUGACGCUGCUGCUGGACACCUUUCACAAUGAAGCCGAGUCCUUCCUGCUAUCAGAGGCGGAGCUGCUGCUGCACGUGGAGCGCCUCGUCCAAUCAGUGAAGGCGCUCUGCAGUUCGUUAGCUUCCGUGGAGACGCCUGAUGUGACCGCCGCCCUCAACCAGCUCCCAGCAUGCCCCUGUCGUCUGCAGCCCAAAGUCCUCAAGGAUCCUUCAGUGCUGGCCGUCAGAGAGAACAGAGAGAAAGUGGUGGAGAAGUUGACGGCGGCCAUCUUGGAUCUGGUGGAGCUGUACUGCAGCACGUUCAACGCCAACUUCCACACGACGCCGCAGAGUCACUGCUGCACGGCGCCGGUGCAGGAGGCCGGCCUCGUCACCAACGUGCUCUCCUUCAGCGUGCACGCUGCUCACCGCAUCCCCAUCACCUGGGCCGCCAGUUACGAGGGUUUCUUCCUGUCCUGCUCUCUGACUCAUGGAGGGGAGGAGCUCUGCGCGCCGCAGCACACCAGCAAACAGUCGGUCAGCAAAUACCUGUUCCACCUGGUGGUGUGGGACCAGAGGGUCUGUUUCCCGGUGCAGAUCAAUCAGCUGCCCAGAGAGUCCCAGCUGACCGUGACGCUGUACGCCAGCUCUCUGCCGCCCCCCGGAGGAGCUGAGGAGAAGGGGAAGCAGCGCCGCAGCAUCGAGGCCCUGGGCUGGGUCACCAUGCCGCUCUUCAACUUCAGACACGUCCUGACGUGCGGCAGGAAGUUGCUCGGCCUGUGGCCUUCAGCGCCGGGGAGGAGCGGAAACGCCCGGACGAGCUCGCCGAACUUCAGCCAGCCCGACAGCGUGAUCCUGCAGGUGGACUUUCCCACCUCGUCCUUCGAGGUCCGGUUCAGCACCCCUCCUCCGGCAGACUUCUGUCCUCAGUACGACUUCUCCAGACUGGACGCCGUCAGUCAGAUCCAGCUGCAGGACGUCCUCCACAAGAAGGCGGUCUUCUGGCUGACGGCGGAGGACCGGCGCCUGCUGUGGGAGAAGAAGGCCUUCUGUCAGUCAGAGAGCGCGGCGCUGCCUCUGGUUCUGGCCAGCGCCCCCUGCUGGCAGUGGGCCUGCCUGCCUGACAUCUACGCCCUGCUGAGACAGUGGACCUGCCUGGGUCACCUGGACGCCCUGGGACUCCUUCACGCCUCGUUCCCGGACCAGGAGCUGAGGAGGACGGCUGUUCAGUGGAUGGACUCCAUCUCAGAUCCAGAACUGCUGGACUUCCUGCCCCAGCUGGUCCAGGCUGUGAAGUACGAGUGUUACCUGGACAGCUCUCUGGUCCGGUUCCUCCUCCGCAGAGCCAUCGGGGACGUUCGGAUCGCCCACUACCUCUUCUGGCUGCUGAAGGACAACCUGCAGGACAGUCAGUUCAGCGGUCGCUAUCAGCACCUCCUCGCCGCUCUGCUCUGCUGCGCCGGUCGAGGUCUCCGUGACGAGUUCGACCGCCAGUCCUGGCUCGUCUCCGUUCUUGCCACGGUGGCUCACAAAGUCCGAGAUGCCAACCCGUCCAACAGACAGUGUGUCCUCAGGGAGGGUCUGGAGGAGAUGAAGCAGUUCUUCUCAGUGAACAGCAGCUGCAGACUUCCUCUGAACCCGGCGCUGCUCGUCUCAGGAAUCAACAUCCAGUCGUGUUCCUUCUUCAACUCCAACGCCGUCCCUCUCAAACUGUCCUUUAAAAACCUGGACCCUUUGGGAGACAACAUCAACAUCAUCUUCAAGUCAGGAGACGACCUGCGGCAGGAUAUGCUGACUCUGCAGGUGAUCCGGAUCAUGAACAAGAUCUGGAUCCAGGAAGGUCUGGACAUGAGGAUGGUCAUCUUCAAAUGUUUCUCCAACAGCAAAGGACGAGGUAUGGUGGAGAUGAUUCCUCAGGCUGACACUCUGAGGAAGAUCCAGGUGGAACAUGGAGUCACUGGGUCCUUCAAAGACCGACCGUUGGCCGAGUGGCUGCUGAAACACAACCCUACUGACGAGCAGUAUGACAAGGCGGUGGAGAACUUCAUCUACUCGUGCGCCGGCUGCUGCGUGGCGACCUACAUCCUGGGAAUCUGCGACCGCCACAACGACAACAUCAUGCUGAAGACCAGCGGCCACAUGUUCCACAUCGACUUCGGGAAGUUCCUGGGACACGCGCAGAUGUUUGGGAACAUCAAACGGGACCGCGCCCCCUUUGUCUUCACCUCCGACAUGGCGUAUGUCAUCAACGGAGGAGACAAACCGUCCAGUCGCUUCCAUGACUUUGUGGAUCUGUGCUGUGAGGCGUACAACCUGAUCAGGAAGCACACACACCUGUUCCUCAACCUGCUGGGCCUGAUGUUGUCCUGUGGGAUCCCUGAACUUUCUGACCUGGAGGAUCUGAGGUACGUCUACGACGCCCUGAGACCUCACGAGUCUGAGGCCGACGCCACCAUGUACUUCACCAGGUUGAUCGAGUCCAGUCUGGGCAGCGUCGCCACAAAACUCAACUUCUUCAUCCACAAUCUGGCUCAGAUGAAGUUCGCCUCCUCGGAGGAUCGUCCCACGCUGUCGUUCGCCCCCAGAGUUCACACGGCGAAGAGCGACGGCCUCAUCAGGAACCUUUACAUCUGCAGACACAUCCGCACCGGCAACCCCAGCAAAGGCUACGCCUUUGUCGUGAAGGUGGAGCGUGAAGGUCAGCAGGAGGCGCUGCUGGUUCAGAGGACGUUUGAAGAGUUUCAUGAACUUCACAGCAAGCUGAGACUCAUCUUCCCCUCGUCAAAACUACCCAGUUUCCCGAGCCGUUUUGUGAUUGGCCGUUCCCGUGGCGAGGCGACAGCUGAUAGGAGGAAAGACGAGCUGAACGGUUACGUGUGGCACCUGGUCCACUCCGCCCCAGAGGUCGCUCAGUGCGACCUCGUCUACACCUUCUUCCACCCGCUGCCCCGAGACGAGAAACCAGUAACAACCACCAUCAAACCAGCAGAGAUCUUGUGGUCUCCAGCUUCAGGGAAAGAGCUCGGCGAGGUCAAACUGUCCAUCUCCUACAAGAACGACAAGCUCUUCAUCAUGGUCAUGCACAUACGAGGACUGCAGCCCCUGCAGGAUGGCACGGACCCGGACCCCUACGUGAAGCUCUACCUUCUCCCAGACCCCCAGAAGACCGGCAAGAGGAAGACCAAGGCAGCACGACGCACCUGUAACCCCACCUACAACGAGAUGCUGGUGUAUGAGCGGAUCCCUCAGGGGGACCUGGACCAGAGGGUGAUCCACCUGCGGGUUCUUGGUGACGGGGCCUUCUGGGAGAACACUCUGCUGGGAGAGACCUUCAUCCCUCUGAAGAGGCUGGUCCCGGGUCAGCACUGGGUGGACUGGCACCAGCUGGGCGCCGGCGGCUCUGACUCCGCCCACUGAUGGACAGGAAACAGGAGGCGGUGGAUUUAGAGGAAGAGUAGAAGGGAAGUAGUUCUCACGAGAACAGAAGACAAAAGGAGAAUCCUUUCAAAGUAAAAGCCGUGUGGCUGCUCCUCCCUCUGUGUGUGAGGGGGUUUAGGUUUAGUGUCGAGUUUAAAGCCUAACUUUAUUUGGGAGACGGUGGGUUCAGACUCAGAAACAGACUCAAUCUGAUUGGUCAUUAAUUAGAUUAAUAAUUUAGAUUUCAUGAUCAGGUCCUUUAAACUUUCAUAUUUUAAAAUUCUCCUGGUUUGAUUUUAAGAUCACAAACUGUCCAGUGAAGUCGCUUGAAAGUUACACUAACUAGUUGUUUUGUUCUUGAAUGAGGACGUUUAUAUUUCUGAACACGCUGCAGACUCGUGUGGGCAGAGAGUUCCAAUAUUUCUAAAUGACGACAUGUUUGAGUUUCCUGUUCAGAUGAUCGAUCGACUUGUGAUACUUUGAUAUUUUUCUUCCAGCCUGUACGUGUUGGAAGACGAGAAGUUCAAUAUGAAUUUAAUGAUAUCAAUUAAAAGACUUCAGUAUCUCUUAAUCUUUCAGUCAGUGCACAGAGGCAUGCUGGGUAAAUCAUUCGGAGAAAGAAACUUUUUUUAUAUACAGACGUGAUCAGUGAGAUUAUCACAUGUGAGAAAACCACCCGUCUGUGGCCAGUUGAGACUUUUCAAGGACUGAAAAGCUGCAUUUAUAAAUUCCAGGGACCUUUCUUGCAGGUUUUUGUGUCCUGGAAGUAAAAUCUUGUGAUUUCAGCGUAGAGAAGAGUUUUACCUUUGUGAGCUGUACAUGCAGAGCUUUAGCCUAAAUGUUGCUAACAGGAAGUAGCUGCAGUGGCGUUUAAUGAUGUAGCGCUGUACAGACAGGAAGUGACUGCAGGAUAUUUUUAUAGUGAGGGUGUGGAUUUUCUAUCCGUGGUGCACGAGAGCUUCUGAGAGAUCCUGUCAGUUUGCCUUUGAGCUCGUCGUGUCUGGUUUCUUUUCAGCGCUUACUAAUCUGCUCGCCAUCUCUGAAGGACGGCCCGCCGCUCAGCCCGCCGCCUCUUUCUACAUUUCAUUGCUUGUUUUUUUUAAUGCCUGUGAUUUUGUACUUUUGGGGAAAUAUUGGUGGCCAUUUGAAGCUGCCUCUGUGGCUCCUGAUGAUCCAGGGGCCAGCGAGUGUUGAAGGGAAUAGAGUUGUUGCGCUGUAGAUGAGACAAACUGAGGAACCUGCAGGAGACAGACCCACCGAUCAGCUGACACGCUUCUCUAAACACGUGUCUGAAAACUCCAGAAAAAAUGUUGUCCUGUAGUUCUGAUGGGGACACGCGAGGGGGACACGUGACGGGGACACGUGAUGGGGACACGUGACAUGUGAUGGGGACACGUGACAGUGACAUGUGAUGGGGACACGUGACAGUGACAUGUGAUGGGGACACGUGACAGGAUAGGGACACGUGACAGUGACAUGUGAUGGGGACACGUGACAGUGACAUGUGACGGGGACACACGUGACAGUGACAUGUGACGGGGACACGUGACAGUGACAUGUGACGGGGACACACGUGACAGGGUAGGGACACGUGACAUGAUAGGGACACGUGACAGUGACAUGUGACGGGGACACACGUGACAGGGUAGGGACACGUGACAGUGACGUGAUGGGGACAUGUGAUGGGGACACGUGACGUGAUGGGGACAUGUGAUGGGGACACGUGACGUGAUGGGGACAUGUGAUAGGGACACGUGACAGUGACGUGAUGGGGACAUGUGAUAGGGACACGUGACAGUGACAUGAUAGGGACUCGUGACAGUGACAUGAUAGGGACUCGUGACAGUGAUGUGAUGGGGACACGUGACAUGAUAGGGACACGUGA